AUGUCUCCUGUGCAGCCUACAGAAGGAUGAUGAAGAAUCACGAAGAAGAUGUAAGUUACCCUCAUUCGCUGCUCUUUUACCCUGACCCUCUUCUCCACUCAGGUUAACAAAGAAUUGUUGGGUGAAAAAAGGAUAUACAGAAGUGGGUCUAGAGCCAUCCAUGACUUGGAAUCACUUCCUCAUUGCACUGCUCAAGCUGUUGAUUCACCAAUUUAGCUACACUAACUGCCUGUGGUUCCCUCUGUUAGUGAAACCACUUCUUUGAUUGUCUCCGCAGGAGUUUGUUGCAGUGCGGGUCCAAGACCCUCGGGUUCAGAAUGAAGGCUCUUGGAACUCGUACGUGGACUUCAAGAUAUUUCUUCACGUGAGUAUCCAUUCACCAUAAACAGGCUAAACUUUACAAAGAAGCAGUUGUCUCAAUGAGUGUGUAAGUCCUUAGGCCAUAUUAGAGCUGUAGAACCCAAGUCUUGGAAAGGGUUAGUUUGAAAUUACUUAAGACUCUCAUUGUAUGCAUUUGUCAUAGAUGAGUCAGGAUCAGAAAAAACAAAAUGACUAGGGCUGGGCGGUAUACCGUAUUUUACAAUAUACCGGUAUUGAGGCACGGACCUGUCUGGGUUUUUACUGUACCUUCUAUAACGGUAUUUGAAUGUUUGGUUUGUUAAAUGUGAUAUGCAGUGUGUAACGUCCAUUUUUAUAGUAUACACCGGUACUUGAGUCAUCCCUCUCCACACACUCUCCAUGCUGUUUUCCACACAGACCUAGCCCCGCCCCCUGUCACUCAAGGAGCGCAUUUGUUGUUGCUUGAUUAGGAGACACUUGCAUUCAGUCUGCAUGGUCAAUGCAGCACAUGCAACAAUGUUGAUGACAACGGUGUUGUUUCCACAUAGCUUCUUAAUAUAAAUCCACAAGCGUUCUAUAAUUACACUAUUAGUUUGUGUUUCUUACAUCUGCAAACAGCUGGUUUGUCUUUUCUUAGCAAGUUUGAGCUAAAUCCUGUUAGCCGCUAAUGCUAAUCGCUAGUUAGCUGGCUAGCUAGCUAAUAAAUGUACUGAGUCAGAGCAAACGUAGAUAGCUAAUGCAGCCUGAUACCACUGCUGGUGUGGUCUAAAUCAGCAUGUUGUUUGUGCAACAGUAUCUUCUAAAUCAAAGCGGAAUAAGCGAAGCUUGAAUAUGUUGGCUACAUGAAGAAACAUUUGAUGUAGCCAAAGAUUAUAUGGUCCCCUAGGAAACACUGAACAUCACUUUGGUUCCUACCCUGUCCCUGGCAUUUUCAUUCAUUGUCAUGUCAAACAACACUGUCUUCAAAGUGGCGACUAUUAUUUAUAUUCUAACUAUAGAAUUAGAAUAAAUAUUAUAUUUCCAUGAUUCCAACAGUUCACCCAAGUGUUUUGAUCUAAAUCGCAAGUCAAAUCGCAAUUGUAACAUUUGGUUAAAAAUAAGGCCUAGUUUUUUUGCCCAUAUCGUGCAGCCCUACGUGGCAGUGUGGAAAUUAUCUAAAAUGAUUGCAGUAAAGGCAGAAAUUGAUGGAAAUGCAGGAAAUUAUUUUAGGUUGAAGUUGAAUUGAACAGUAUAAAACAAUCAGAAUGGAGGAAGACCCAUUGACAUCACUUAGAAUAUAUUCGUUGCCAGUAGCGGUGCGUGGGUAAAAUCACUGGGAGGUCAGGGAGGUGACCAAGAACCUGAUGGUCACUCUGACAGACUCCAGAGUUCCUCUGUGGAGAUGGGAGAACCUUCCAGAUGGACAACCAUCUCUGCAGCACUCCACCAAUCAGGCCUAUAUGGUAGUGGCCAGACGGAAGCCACUCUUACAUUUACAUUUUUUACAUUUUAGUCAUUUAGCAGACGCUCUUGUCCAGAGCGACUUACAGGAGCAUUUAGGGUUAAGUGCCUUGCUUAAGGGCACAUCGACAGAUUUUUCACCUAGUCGGCUCGGGGAUUAGAACCAGCGACCUUUCGGUUACUGGCACAACGCUCUUACCCACUAAGCUACCUGCCGCACUCUUCAUUAAAAGGCACAUGACAGCCCGCUUGGAGUUUGCCAAAAUGCACCUAAAGGACUCUGACCAUGAGAAACAAGAUUCUCUGGUCUGAUGAAACCAAGAUUGAACUCUAUGGCCUGAAUGCCAAGCGUCACGUCUGGAGGAAACCUGGCACCAUCCCUACGGUGAAGCAUGGUGGUCGCAGCAUCAUGCUGUGGGGAUAUUUUUCAGCGGCAGGGACUGGGAGACUAGUCAGGAUCGAGGGAAAGAUGAACGGAGCAAAGUACAGAGAGAUCCUUGAUGAAAACCUGCUCCAGAGCGCUCAGGACCUCAGACUGGGGCGAAGGUUCACCUUCCAACAGGACAACGACCCUAAGCACACAGCCAAGACAACGCAGGAGUUGCUUCGGGACAAGUCUCUGAAUGUCCUUGAGUGGACCAGCCAAAGCCGGGACUUGAACCCGAUGAAACAUCUCUGGAGAGACCUGAAAAUAGCUGUGCAGCGACGCACCCCAUCCAACCUGACAUAGCUUGCACUGUAUGCUUAGUCUAAUACAGUGACAACUAAAAGUCACCAGAAACUAUUUAGUCCAAUCAACAUAAGCUAAAUAUUAUGUGGCUGCCCAUGGUUGAUUCCUGUGUGCGUGUGUGUUUGUGUAAGUAGAAAAAAACAUGUUGACUCACCCUAAUUGUAGAGAAAGGCCAAUGCCAUCCUCCUCUUUCACGUUGGCGAAACGGUCUAUGACUCUGUCAUACAGUACACGCUUUUAUUUUUGGUUGUCCUAGGCUACCUGGCUAAAAUGCUUGUUUGCUAGCCUAACUUUCUUUCAUGGGCAACGUUAGCUAGUUAACAUUAGCCUUCUACAUCUAGCUACAUAUUGAACUUCCAUCCUCUCAGGCCAGGGGGCACAAUGUAUGAAUGAUCAGAAUCGCCUUCAUAAUCAUUGGCCAGUACAGAGAAUUAAGUAAAACCACAAGUCCAAAUCCCUAUCUCAAUCUAUGGCUAAUUUAGGAAAGGGCCAUUUUUUGCUAGCUAUCCACCGAAAGACAACAACACAACGACAUGCAACAAUUCAAGUUGUUUCUGUCAAUGACGUAUGCUCUCAAUGCGAUUUGAUAGGAGCGACGCCAAAUCCAAACUGGCUUCCCUUGACAAUGUUUUGUGGUGCGCCAGGACCAUUCACAGUUGAGGUCACUCAGUUUAGCUCAACGCUAAUUGAUCAAGGGAGGCCAAAUGCUCGCUGGCGGUAUGUCAGCUCUUGUCAUAAUGUCAUACUCUUUUGGACCAGACAGCAUCAGAUAGAUGGCCUACACAUACAGAGACGGAGGGGCGCUGUUUCGCUUGCUCGGAUGCUUUCUCCAGUGAGAUGCAUUCAGCCUCUAGCGAAUUGAAGGAAAAUUAUGAAUCACAAACAGAUAUAUAUAUAUUUUUUUUGUAGGUACAUUUUUGGGGGGAAGCCUGGCUUCCCUUGGCAUCCAUGAGUACACACCACUGUGUGUUGCCACCGUAGGGUCACGCAUUACUCAUAAAGCAAAUGUAGAACUUUUAUUAUUAAAAAUCAUAUUAAUAUAAUAAAAUACCGUAAAACCACAUCGCACAGCCCUACUACUCCCAUCAGCAAAUAGGCCUAGAUCAUAUCCCUAAAGUGGAUGGCAUGUGGUUUGGAAUGCUGUGUGUCAGCACUCAAACCUUGGUACCCUGCAUGGAGGUAAACAACAUUUGUUGGUACGAAUUCUACAAUGAUCAUAUGCUUUUUGUUCAUCUCUGCUGUUGACUUUUCUCUCCCCAUGAUGUUUGACGCAUGUUAAUGAAGGGCUAAGCCAGCAUCAAGCUAUUUUAAUGUAGGCUUAUUCUCGAAGCCAUAACCAAAUGUUGCGCUAGCUAGAGAGACUGGAGGAUUAACAUUGGGCUUCAUUCAAAUUUCUUGACAAUCUAGUAUUGAAUUUGUUCUCUGUAAACAUUCAAUGGAAUACUGCAGGUGAAGUAUAAUUCUUAAUAUGUACCAUCAUUGUCCCUUUCUGACAUUAGCCUAAGUAGAAUGGAUUCAGGUGAAUUGCUUGAUUGAGUCCUCAGGAGAAAAUGUAGUAAAAUGCUAAUUGUAUUUGUCACGUCCCGAAUACAACAGGUGUAGACCUUACAGUGAAAUGCUUACUUACAAGCUCUUCCUCAACGAUGUAGCGUUAAAUAAAGAAAAAAAAAACACAUGACAAAAACACAAGAAUGUAAGCUAUAUACAAGGAGUACCAAUACUAUAUCACUUUGCAGGUAUAUGUUGUAAUUGAGACAGAUAUGUACAUGUAGGCAGGGGUAAAGUGAUUAGGCAUCUGGAUAGAUAAUAAUAAAAGUGAAAAGUAGCUGUAGCGUAUAUGGUGUGUGUGUGUGAGGAUGUGGAUAAAGACCUGAGAGUGUGCAUAGUCAGUGCAGGUAGAGUGGGGUGCAGAUAGUCCAGGUAGCCAUUGAUUAGCUAUUCAACAGUCUUAUUGUUUCGGGGUAGAAGCUCUGAGCCUGUUCAUCCGAGACCUGAUGCUCUGAUACUGCUUGCCAGAUGGUAGCAGAGAGAACAGUCCAUGGCUUGGGUGUCUGAAGAAUUUUCUGGGCCUUCGUCAGACACCGACUGGUAUAAAUGUCCUGGAUGGCAGGGAGCUCGGCCCCAGUGAUGUGCUGGGCCGUCCGCACCACCCUCUGUAGAGCCUUGCGGUCAAGGGCAUUGCAGUUGCCAUACCAGGCGGUGAUGCAGCCAGUCAAAAUGCUAUCGAUGGUGCAGAUGUAGAACUUCUUGAGGAUCUGGGGGCCCAUGCCAAAUCUCUUCAGCCUCCUGAGGGAGAAAAGGCACUGUUGUGCCCGCUUCACGACUGUGUGUGUGGACCAUAUUAAGUCCUCAGUGAUGUGGACAGAGGAACUUGAAGUUCUUGACCCGCUCCACUACAGCCUUGUGGAUGGGGGGCCUACAACCGUUGUGUGGUCAGCAAACUUUAUGGUGUUGGAGUCAUUCGUAGCCACGCAGUUGUGGGUGAACAGGGAGUACAGGAGGGGACUAAGCACACACCCCUGGGGGCCCCAGUGUUGAGGGUCAGCGUGGCGGAGGUGUUACCUACCCUCACCACCUGGGGUUGGCCCAUCAGGAAGUCCAGGAUCCAGUUGCAGAGGGAGGUGUUCGGUCCCAGGUUCCUGAGCUUGGUGACGAGCUUGGAGGGGACUAUGGUAUUGAACGCUGAGAUGUAGUCAAUGAACAGUAUUCUCACAUAGGUAUUCAAUUUGUCUAGGUGGGAGAGAGCAGUGUGAAGUGAAAUUGAGAUUGCAUCAUCUGUGGAUCUGUUAGGACGGUAUGCAAAUUGGAUUGGGUCCAGGGUAUCUGGGAUGAUGGUGUUGAUGUGUGGCAUGACCAGCCUUUUAAAGUAAUUCAUGAUUACAGAUGUGCGCUACGGAGAUGAGCAAAGCAUGAUUACAGCCACGGCGAGUGAAAUCUGUCAUCCGGACCAGCGGGGGCCCUCACGCUUGGCUUGGUGGUGUUUACCUCAAAGCGAGCAUAAAAUGCAUUUACAGUGCCUUCAGAAAGUGUUCACACCCCAAUUAACUCCCUAGAGUCGAUGUCUGCGCCCCGCGGAAAUCUAAUUAGCAUAAGGAAAAAAUCCCCAUAGAAAUGUCAGUUUAAGCUAGAGAUGUUAUUUUUUUGCAUUGGAUGCGUCUCAAUCCACCGCAUCCACCGAUGUCGCACUUCCGCAUCUGCGCUGAAAGGUGACGGAGCUAGAGUGGUGUUUGUCAGUUCAUGAGAUCCCGAAAAACCGGUCUUCUCACAAAGUCGCCUGUAGUGUCCGAACAGUUUGGCCUAUAAAAUAUGACCACUCUCUGGAAAGAUGAGACUCUCACGAACACGAUGGUGUUCUCCGUUUUGCCUUACGACCCCCACAAGCGUCUUGGGACUCGUCUGAAGUCGGUACAGCCGAUCUGCCAACUUCAGUCUGUAGCGUCCAAACAGUUUGGGCUACACACUAAUAUGACCCCUCUGUGGAAAGGUGAGACUCACACAAACACGUACAUGUCGGUUGCUCUAGGACGCCCACAGGCCUCACAAGACUCAUCUGAAGGUUCCCCGGUAACAGUAAAAAAAAAAAGAAAAAAGAAAAAAUGAGACUGUUUAGUGCCAAAAAUAAGGGGUAUAUCUGUUUUUCCAUGUAGUGAAUUUGUUAUUCAAUGCGUUUGUAUGGGCUAAUAGCAGUAAGGGCCAAGGUGAUACUUCAAGGGGUCUUAAAAUGCUAAAUGAAAUAGCUAAAUGAUCCUUGGUAUCACCUUCUUAAAACAAUUCCAUACAGCUUAGUAGAUUGGAUUGCGCCACAUUUGCCCAUUAUUCUUUACAAAAUUCUUCAAGUUCUGUCAAAUUUGUUGUUGAUCAUUGCUAGACAACCAUUUCCAGGUCUUGCCAUAGAUUUUCAAGCAGAUUUAAGUCAAAACUGUAACUGGUUCACUCAGGAACAUUCACUGUCGUUUUUGUAAGCAACUCCUGUGUAGAUUUGGCCUUGUGUUUUAAGUUACUGUAAGGGGAUACCAAGUCUUCUGCAUUUAACUCAACUCUUCUGAAUCAGAGGGGGGCUGCCUUAAUCAAUGUCCUUGUCAUCGGCGCCCGGUGAGCAGUUGUUGUUGGGUGUUAACGGCCUUGCUCAAGGGCAGAACGGCAGAUUUUUACACCUUGCCAACUCAGGGAUUCCAACCAGUGACCUUUCAGUUACUGGUCCAAUGCUCUUAACUGCUAGGCUACCUGCCGAAAGGUGAAUUGUCCUGAUGCAAGGUCAAUUAAUCUCCCAGUAUCUGGUGGAAAGCAUACUGAACCAGGUUAUCCUCCAGGAUUUUGCCUGUGCUUAGCUCCAUUCCAUUUAUUUAUUUAUCCUGAAAAACUCCCCUGUCCUUAAUGAUUACAAGCAUACCCAUAACAUGAUGCAGCCACCACUAUACUUGAAAAUAUUGAGGGUGGUAAUGUGUAAUGUGUUGUAUUGGAUUUGCCCCAAACAUAACACUGUAUUCAGGACAAAAAGUUAGUUGCUUUGCCACAUGUUUUGCAGUAUUACUUUUGUGCCUUGUUGCUAACAGGAUUUCCUUUUCACUUUGUCAAUUAGGUUAGUAUUGUGGAGUAACUACAAUGUUGUUGAUCCAUCCUCAGUUUUCUCCUAUAACAGCCAUUUAGCCAAAUCAGUCACUGUGGGGACGACAUUGUCGAGUCACUUCCUGAUGAAACCUGAAUGAGUGUCCUAGGACUGUGGUUCUCAAAUCUCCUCGGGGGACCCUCAGCCAAGUUAUUCCUUAGCUAGCACACCUGAUUCAAAUGGUCAACUAUUCAUCAAGCCCUUGAUUAGUGAAUCGUUUGCUAGUUCAGGGGUGUAUUUAUUGUGGAAACUGUUUAAGAACGAAACGGGAGCAAAUGGAAUGAAACGGGGAGGGACUUACCUGAAUUUGUCUAAUAGAAUCUCUCGUUUGCAACAGACGUUUUCCAACACAAUCGGCGUAAUGAUUACACCCCAGGGCUACAACAAAAUUAUGAAAUGUCUGGGGUUCCCCGAGGAGAGGUUUGAGAACCACUGUUCUAGGAGAUACGCUGUGUAUACCAAACAUUAGGAACACCUUCCUUUAUAUUGAGUUCCGCCCUCAGAACAGCCUUAAUUUGCUGGGGCAUGGACUGUACAAGGUGUCGAAAGCGUUCUACAGGGAUGCUGGCCCAUGUUGACUCCAAUGCGUCCCAAAGUUGUGUCAAGUCGGCUGGAUGUCCUUUGGGUGGUGGACCAUUCUUGAUACACACUGGAAACUGUUGAGCGUGAAAAACCCAGCAGCGCUGCAGUUCGUGACACAAACCGGUGUGCCUGGCACCUUCUACCAUACCCUGUUCAAAGGCACUUAAAUCUUUUGUCUUGCCCAUUUACCCUCUGAAUGGCACACAUACACAAUCCAUGUCUCAAUGCUUAAAAAUCCUUCUGUAACUUGUCUCCUCCCCUUCAUAUACACUGAUUUGAAGUGUAUUUAACAAGUGACAUCAAUAAGGGAUCAUAGCUUUCACCUAGAUUCACCUUGUCAGUCUGUGUCAUGGAAAGAGCAGGCGUUCUUAAUGUUUUGUAUACUCAGUGUAUGUUAAUCUUUCUAGAGCAGAAUGUUAUCAAUGAGAAACCCUCAGUUCAAUGGGUAAUUGAUUAUGGCUCAAGACUAAAUAGCUUCUCUGAAGCAGGGUGUGUCUUUCUGUGGCAAGACUGGCUGAUGCUUCAGAUUUUCUUAAGUGCUAAAUUGUGUUGAUUUUGGUUGGGUUCUCCUGCUACAUUGUUGUGCGCUGUCAACAGCAAAUGUACUACAACAACAACAAAAUAAUCUAUAUUUUUCAAAUAUACUGAACAAAAAUAUAAACGCAACUAUUUCAAAGAUUUUACUGAGUUACAGUUCAUAUAAGGAAAUCAGUCAAUUGAAAUAAACUCAUUAGGCCCUAAUCUAUGGAUUUCACAUGACUGGGCAGGAGUGCAGCCAUGGGUAGGCCUUGGAGGGCAUAGGCCCACCCACUGGGGAGACAGGCCCAGCCAAUCAGAAUGAGGUUUUAUUACAGAUAUAAAUAAUACUCAGCACCCCCCCCACCCUUACAGUGGAGGACCUGGGCUGGCGUGGUUACACGUGGUCUGCGGUUGUGAGGCCGGUUGGACCUCCUGCCAAAUUCUCUAAAACGACGUUGGAGGCAGUUUAUAAUAGAGAAAUUCAAUUAAUUCAAUUCUCUGGCAAUAGCUAUGGUGGACAUUCCUGCAGUCAGCAUGCCAAUUGCCCGUUCCCUCAACCUGAGACAUCUGUGGCAUUGUGUUGUGUUACAAAACUGCACAUUUUAAAGUGGGUUCACCUGUGUAAUGAUCAUGCUGUUUUAAUCAGCUUCUUGAUAUGCCACACCUGUCAGGUGGAUGGAUUCUUGGUAAAGGAGACAUGCUCACUAACAGGGAUGUAAACAAAUUUGUGCAAAACAUUUGAGAGAAAUAAGCUUUUUGUGCUUAUGGAACAUUUCUGGGAUUUUUUAUUUCAACUCAUGAAACAUGUGACCAACACUUUACAUGUUGCGUUUGUAUUUUUGUUAAGUGUAGUUAUCAGUACUGGGACAAAGGUUGUUUGGGCAAGAGCUGGGACGAUACAAUUACUGACACCGACAUUGCUCUCCUCAUACCGAAGGAAUUUAACUUACCUCUAUAAUUCUCUGUGAUUAGGCUACAUAAGGUUCCUGACGAUUUUUUGUUGUUGUUCUAAAACCAUUAUUUGGUCAACAGUCUCGCGUAACCAUACAUACCUUGAAAUCACGUUGUUUGUUACGCUUCCUUUGGAGGUCUGGAUAAUUUUUUAUUAGCCGAAACUGCUAGAAUGGUCCGCUGGCUUCCAGCGGCUACAUCUUUAUUGGAUGUUACGUUUCAAGAACCCUCCGUCCACAUGAUCGUAGAAGGGGUGCUGCGUGUUAUGUUCGUCACUGUUUUCCGACCGUGUAGGACACAUUUUGCAGAGUUGUUGGGUAUGCUAGUUUGCAACAUUGCAGCAAAUUGAAGAAAACUUAAUUCUGUUUUGCCAGAAGUGUGCUCUAUACACAAAAUCGAGUUGAUGAAGGCAUUACAACUCCUCUGCCAUUUCCUGUCUCGAUGCCGGCUCUCACUCCCUCUCCCCCCUUUGCGCACGGAGUGAAGGGAGAGAUGCUUUCUGAUAAGCGCAAGCAUACGACUGUUGAGUAACAUUUCAAAAUGUAAAACAAUUACUUUUACUGAGGAGAGUCUUAGCUUUCUGAGUAUAAAAAAUUAUUACAGUAUUUACACUCAAUAUUGAGGAAAUACCACCGCUAAACAAACGGAGUAUGUUGACUGUUAGAUCAAUUACAUGGCUAUCCAGCAGCAAUAUCAUAUUUGGUGUGUUUUGAGUUCCCACUUCCUCAAGUGGUGAAUUAUGUAUCAUAUAGCCUAGGCCAAUAUGCACAAACAAUAUGCAGGCAAAUUAUCUCUAAAGAGCCAAAAAGAAAUCUGAUAAUUCUGAGUCUUAUUUUGACAUGUUGCACAUCAAAAUAUCCAUCGUGCAUUCCCUGAAAAUGUAAGAUUUUUUUUAUUUUUAGUUAUUUAGCAGACGCUGUUAUCCAGAGUGUCAUACUGGCCCCCCGUGGGAAACGAACCCACAACCCUGGCGUUACAAGCGCCAUGCUCUACCAACUGAGCUACACAGGUCCUAAAUGGAUAAAUAACUUAUUUCCUGUCUUACCUGGCACUGGAAAAAGUCAGUCUAGAGCCCUGUCGCAAAAUGGGGCAAUUUAUUGCAAUAUUACUUUUUGUCCAUAUCGCCCAGCUCUCUAGUUUGGGCUUUAUGUUUUCACUCCCAUUGGCGUUGUCUGUAUCCACAGGAUGUAAUGGUGCACCAUCUCUUUUUACUCACAGACCAACAGCAAGUCUUUCACGGCCAAAACGUCCUGUGUGCGCCGGCGCUACAGUGAGUUUGUCUGGCUCAAGAAGAGGAUGCAGAAGAACACUGGCUUGGUGUAAGUCAUAGCAUUGUCCCCCAACUGCUUGUUUGAAAAAUAAUUUCGAACACCAAUGUGAAGUUGUCCUGUUCUGGGAGCUAUGUGUUAUUCUCUGUCCCUGUCUGUCCUAUAGACCUGUCCCAGACCUGCCCAGCAAGUCCUUCUUCUCCUUCAGUGGUGAGGACUUCCUGGAGAAGAGGAGGAAAGGCCUGCAGUCCUUCCUGGACAAGUCAGUUCUUCUCCGAAGUUAAUAAUUAGCAAUGACUCCACAAUUUCAAUUAUAGUGCUUGCUUGUUCCCUCUAUUUGUCAUUGUCACACCUAGAAUGAGCACAAAGGAAAAAUGUUACCAUGACUAGUCAACGAAAAAGAGCCAACAUUGAGCAUGGCAUUGACAUACCUUGUUUGUCUUUCUUCAGAGUGUGCAGCAUGACAGUGUGUCUGUCAGACAGCCAGCUCCACCUCUUCCUGCAAACCCAACUGCCGGUUGGUCACAUCCUGGACUGUGUGCAGGGCCACACACCCUACACUGUGACAGAGGCCAUCCUCACCUAUGCCUCGUCCAAUCAGGGCUGGGUUCAGGAAGAGGACUCGACCCAGGAGUCGAGUCUCACUCCAGUUCCUUAUGAGUCCAUGGAGAGGUAAGACUGGAGUGUCAGCAGAUCAAAUAGUACAACUGUCCACACAGGCACAAAUAAGGUGUAGGUUUGAGUUUAAACUCCUGGUGUGUUCAAUGAGCACAUUGUUUUAGGCCAGGAUUCAAUCUGGACCGCAGAAGACCUGCAUUGUAGCGCGAUGGACAUGUAAAGGUAAUUUCCGAUUGAUCCGACAUCUGCAGCGUUUACUUUGAAUGUUAGGUUAACUUUGCCUAUAAAUUGUGCAGAGCCAAAAGGGGCCGAUCGGAUUGAAUCUCGGCCUAAGUCUUUGCAGAUACAGGCAAUUCUACGAUAACAGAAUGAGGACGACUUUUAACAAUUACCACACAUUUUUACAAAAGCACAUUUACUCUAAGAACAGUGCAGAUGAAAAGUUUGGUAACAGAAUGACGGCACAAACCAUUAUUCUAUUACCAAAAUGUGCGUCUUCACUGUUAUUUAGGUAAAUGUGUUUUUAUAAAAAUGUCUGUGAAAAUGUUAAAAGUAGUCCUUGUGCAUAGUUGUAUCGUUUGUUUAACUUUGCAAUCAUUGGUUUUUGUUUGACAUGCAUUUUAAAGUGAAAAAUCUGACUCUCAGCAUCAAUCUGUUACCCAUACUUGUAUUUCAAGUUUUACACGUCAAUAUAAAGGUCAUGUUGAGUAGUGUUACUUUAUGGCCUUCUCUUUCCCAACAGCCCUGCUCCUCAUCUACCUACUCUGCAAUGUCAAGAGCCCCUCAACCCUGUGAACCUCGCCUCCAGUGAGCCAGAGGGCCUACGGACUGAGAAGUUCCUAGCUGAUGCCGAUGACAUAGACACUGUGGAGUUACAGCUCAGUGAGACUGAGACCCUUUCCUCAGAGGUCACCCAGGAGGACCACAAUGUAGUCCAGGUAGAGGCCGUCCUGGAGAUAAACAGCCCAGUGGAGACUAUUUUUAAGUGGGACAGCCAUGAAGAAUCUACUCCAGAGAGGCUCGACCAUGAGGAGGUGAUCCACCACCAAGGUGAUUGUCAACAGCAGACACCUGUGGAAGUGCACUGUGAAAAGGACAAAGGCUUGGAGGAGGAGUGUGAAGUGGAGGUGAAGACUGAGAGGGUCAUUAAGGAGGAGAGCCAUGCUGACAUGACUACAGAGACAAUCCCUCCCAAACAGAGUAGCCUAGACCCAGAUAGCCAUGAGGAGGUGGUCCACCAAGGGGAAUGUCAACAGCAGACACCUGAGGAAGAGGCCACAGGUCUGGAGAAGGAGUGUGUAUCGGAAGUGGCCCUUGAGGAAGAGACCCAAACAGACACAACUACAGAGACAAUCCCUCCCAAACAGAGUAGCCCAGAGCUAGACAUCCAUGAGGAGACUCCUCGAGAUGGAGAUAGCCUAAGGGAGACAGUUCUAGAGGACCUUAGCCCUGCGGAGGAAGCUCAAGAAGGCAUCAGUCAUGAGAAGACAACCUCAGAAGGGGACAGCAACAUAGACACAGAAACAGCCAUUGAGUUGGACAGCCAAGGGCACACAGAUGAGAUGAACUCCCACAUAGAGAUCAGCAUAGAGAAAGAGUGUCAUGAGAUCACAUCAGAAGAGGUGGAACGUGUUGAUGACUCAACCCAAGAGGUAGAAAGUGUCCAUGGUGCAACCCAAGAGGUAGAAAGUGUCCGUGUUGCAACCCAAGAGGUAGAAAGUGUCCGUGUUGCAACCCAAGAGGUAGAAAGUAGAGAUGUUGCAACCCAAGAGGUAGAAAGUAGAGAUGUUGCAACCCAAGAGGUAGAAAGUAGAGAUGUUGCAACCCAAGAGGUAGAAAGUAGAGAUGUUGCAACCCAAGAGGUAGAAAGUAGAGAUGUUGCAACCCAAGAGGUAGGAAGUGUCCGUGUUGCAACCCAAGAGGUAGAAAGUGGCGAUGAGGCAACCCAGAAGAAGAAGGCUCCCUUGGACAUUCAACAAGUAGAUGAUCAGCUGGACACAACUCAAGAGGUUCAGAUUGAUGAGGAAAUGAAUGGAAAGGAUGGGGAGAGUCUUGGGGAUGGGGCAACAACAUCUGACGGGAGUAGCCAUAAGGAGAGCAACGACAAGGAUUCUGCCAAUAACAACAAUGCAAUACAAGAGACGAAUGGCUACAUGGAGACAGCUCCCGAGAAGGACAAUCACCAAACAGGCCGCACAGAGGCGGAAAAAGUCUGCAACAACCCAGACAUCGUAAUGCCCGAAACGAACCGAGAUCCCUCACAUGAUGAAAUCACACCUGAGGUACCCAAUGCUCAGGGGACCAAUGGUGUCAAAGUCAGAGAGGACAGGGAUAUUUUGUACAUGGUCAAAAGUUGCUCAGCGAAAACCCUGGAGAAUGAAGCUUCAGAACUAGUGGGUGGUGGAGUUGAGAUAAAGGACAUGGGAAUCCAAGAGAGCAGUCAUCUGGAGUCUGAGGGCCACUGUACGGAGCAGGACACCUCAUUAACCCUGGAGGGUAAUACUGAGGCCUCAGAAGUGAGC